GUUCCACCCCUCCCUCCUGCAGCCACAGCAUCAUCAAACACAUUCUCAACAUGCUACGGCUGGUCUCCAUCUCCAAGUCACAGAUAUCGAAGGCCACUCAUCUCUACAUCAACCACACUUCUUGCGCCAUCAUCCAUCCAUGUCACAUCCGUCUCCAUCUUCACCCUACGACAUCAGCGGCUACGGUCAACAACAUCCAUCCCAAGCUGGUGGCCGCAAACGCAGUCGGCCGCACGAAGAACUACAGCCAGACCUGCGAGGUCCUCUAGACCAACCACCCGACCCGUACGGCCAGGCACCUGGAGACGUCCUUGUCGAACUGACACCCGGUGGUCGUCACCCACAGUCCCAGGGAUAUUCCCUUCACCCAUACCAACAACAACCUGCCCCACCCCCACCCCCGCCUCAACACCACCACCACCGACUCCCCGACCAGCGUCCUACUAAGAUACCACGCAUGGCCGGCGAGGAUACCUCUCCUCUCCAGCACAUCCAUGGUCCCCCCAGUGUCGUAGGACAGGAGGGGAUGCCUCCGCCCGCGGCGCGACCACGAGGCCCCAAACUCAAAUUUACCCCCGAGGACGACCAGCUACUUGUCGAUCUGAAGGAGAAGAAGAACCUCACCUGGAAGCAAAUUGCCGACUUUUUCCCUGGCCGGAGUUCUGGUACUCUGCAGGUUCGCUAUUGCACGAAGCUCAAGGCAAAGACGACGGUUUGGACAGACGAGAUGGUCCAAAAGCUUCGCAACGCCAUGCAGGAGUACGAGAACGAUCGUUGGCGCAUCAUUUCCUCAAAAGUCGGCAGUGGGUUUUCCCCGGCAGCAUGCAGAGACAAGGCGGCGGAACUGGACGUAGUAGAGGUUGAGGAGGAGGACCAGGGCGGUUACACGCAGUCGCAGAUGGCUCCGAGCUCAAGUGACCCCACUGCGUCAUUCCAGUGACUCGCCGAACAGUUCGAAGGUCUUCAUGCGUGGUAAUUUAAUGAUUUGGGAAGAAACGAGACAGGAAGGGAUGCUUUUUCAGGGCGGGUUGUGCUGGUCACGAUCCCAGUUUCU